AUGAUAAGGCAGAGCUCUGCCGCGGAUAUACGCGAAUCAUCAAAGACUUUGUCGGAAGUACUGAAAUCAAAGCUGCUGUCAAGGAACGAAAAGCUUGUGCGUACUGUUGAAUAUGCAGCAAAGCACGGUGUAACGCCAAGGUCAUACUCAAGCGUAUCGAAUGGAAGCUUCACACAUUACCACCUGGAUAUUUUUAUUCCACUCAUAUUGGUCACUGUUUUACUCAUUGCUUUAUUUGCAUGGUUGUCUCGCCUUAUAGUAGACAAGUGUGCCAAGCGAAGGCCAGAAAGUAACGACGAGUUGAAAACCGUCGAAACCCCAGAUCCGGAGGAACCAAGCAGAAAUGAAAAGCCUGAUGUUGGCCCUGCAGUCCAUAUUAUACCACCCGAGGAGCCGCCACACGAGGGAGCCGAUUAG